AUGUUCAACAGCCACCUCGCCGAGUUCGAGGGUGCUGAAUUUGAUGCUGUUAAGCCUCUGAAGGAGGACAGCGUGUAUUUCAAGGGCAGACCGUGGGUCCACAUCAACUUCUGGGCUCGCAGCUGCAGUAGCAAAAAUAUAAAGCGCUUCUUUGCUGAGGUGCACUACGAGCCACCCACUGAUGGGCGGCCCUUCUCACUACUUCCUGUCGUUGAAGCAUGCAUAAUCCUUGAUGAGUCGUCUAGCCAGUACAGGAGCAGCUGUGCAUUCUGUCGAAGCGACCUGGACAUUUUGCACCCGGUAGGUGACCAUGACUUUGUUUGUGGAACCGGAAAGGACAAGGACUGGAUGAUAGAAGAAUUGUUUGGGAUGCGAUUGAUUCGCCGUGGGGAUCUGGCCUCCUCCAACAGUGAAGUGGAAGAAGAGAGGACGGAAGCCUAAACCUGUUGGGUGUCACCUAUUCGUCUUGUCUUUAAUUCCAGACCAUGUCAACUAGGUCAGAUGAUAGCAGACGUCAAAUAAAUAUUGGUAGAAGUUGGCCAGCCAUUGUAUGUAAUCUUGGAUGCUGGUGCUGUUUGGUCAUGGAUAUUUGUGUAUGUGGUUACUUUGUUGUUUACAUUGUGUUACAAAUGUAAUAAUGGUUCUUUCAUGUUUUAUCCGUGAAUUACCUA